AUGAAAGAAGAAAAAGACUUGGUGGUGAUUGCUUGUAGGUUAAUGGCUGGCGUUUCACCUGCAGCGGCUCUUUCUCCAGCAACACAGCCAUUACCAACAGCAUCUCCGGUAAUACAGCCGGUAUCAACACCAUCUCCAUCAACACAGCUGUUUCCAACACCAUCUCCUUUCUCCUUCUCAGUUGCCACUACAGGGUGGAGCUCUAGACCCUCUGUCUAUUUUUCCCAUUGCUUCCUCCGAAGCUUGGCUCUUCUUUUCUCUUUUGUCUCUGCUCUCUCCCUCACGGUCACGGCCCCAUCAAGUGGACGAGCUGGCUUCACAAAGUACCCAGAAUUAACGUACUGUUUGGUUGUAACCAUUUUGGCUCUCACUUACUCAGCCUUCCAACUAUGUAAAGGUGUUUGUGACAUUACCCACAAAGGCUUUCUCAUCUCAGACAGGGUGUCCGACUACAGUAGCUUCAUUCUUGAUCAGUUGGUGGGUUAUCUUCUUGCAUCCUCUUCUUCGGUGAUAAUACCAGCCAUUCAGCGGCUGGAACAAACUGCACUCUGGAAGGCAGGCAUAGUCUCUGUUUGCAUGUCCUUUGCAGCUUUCCUUGUUACCGCAAUCUGUGCCCUCUUUUCAGGCUACAAACUUUGUAAGAGAGUCAUAUGGUGAUGCCAUCCUGGUGUAAAUAGUUCCCCCAUUAUUAAUCUGAACUUCUCUGCUUCAAUAAAUAGGAAAUGUAAUAACACAGAAGUUCCUCUA